UAGCAGUGUAAACGUCAGACUUCCACUCAUGGUAAACUCUUUACAACACUCACAGUACACAACACAUUCGGAUGUGCAUCACAACCUCUCCACAUUAACUACAGCCUGAGCUCGCAGUCAGAAUGAGAUUAGCCGUGCACACCGUCAUCUGCUGCUGCGUUUUCACCACCGUCCUGCCACUGGUGAAAGGUGCCACAGGGGAGCUCAACACCAGCCUGAAAAAAAGGUUCAGAGUUUGGCUGCACAGUCGUAUGAAGCGAGAGCUGUGCUUAGACAGCUCAGAGAUCGCUGACGAGCAGCACCUCCACCUCCACGCUGGACAACAACAGGACGAGAAUGUGAAAACUGACCCAUCUCUGUCCAGCUCUGAGCUGAACAUCAGACGGAGGAGGUCGACAUCAGCCAAAUCAUCCGGCUGCUUCCUCGUCACAUGUGCAUACCACGACCUGCUCCACCGACUGCACCAGAUCACCAACAAGGACAGAGAGCCCAAUGCUCCAGAGAAGAAGAUGGGCUCGUCAGGCUACGGUCGCCGCCGUCGCUCACUCCUGGAUGUCACUCAGCUCGCCCUCCAGACAGGAAGACAAAGACGGAGCACUGAAGCCGCUUCCAAAGAGAUCUCUGCAGCUGAGACACAAUGCCUGAAGAUCUUCUCUGAAUUACCCACGAGCUGAAGAGGAAGUGAGGCCGUGGCCCGGAGGAGUUUUCUGACUUUACUGGAGCCCAAACUGCCAGAAACCCACUCGCAGGAACCCUUUACUAGAGAAGAACUGGACGUGUUGGACUGUGUGUGAAGUGCAAUUUAAACUAAAUGUACUAUGAUAUUAAAAUAUAUAAUUAUCAGCUUGUAUAUAAGGACUUAUAAAGCUACCUUAUAUUUAACCCUCUGAGACCCACCGGGCCGACACUCCUGUCUUUCUAUAGAGGGCUGAGUGAAACUAGAGGACCUAAUGAAUCCAGUGGUACCAACCAUGCUCUGCUAUCUUCUCACAGAGGGGGCUAAAUAAUGCUCCAAAUUAGACUAAAUUUUGGCGAGGGACAAACAACAUGGGUCCUGUAGGUCACCAUGAGUCUCCCUGUUACAGACAUGAACUUUUUAUGCUCUGCAGUGUGGAGCACAAACUGUGCACUUCUUAUCGUGCAGUAUAAAUGUGCUAUUUUUGCCUUUUAUAUUUGAAUAUUUCUGCACGCUGAGGUCCAUAAACAGUCUCAGAAUUACAUGAAUCGGGUCUGUCUGUAAAGCUGAGACUCUGGUGGAUUUAAUGAGCAUAGUUUUAUUCAUGUGUGAUGGUGUUAGUCCCCACAGCAGCUAUUUCAUUCAUCUCAUUUCUUUAAACUGAACCUCACUGUUUAAAAUGACCUAUAGUGACCUCUGGGAUAAUCACAGCCUCAUGAAACUUCACAGACACAAACUAGAAACCUCGAACAUUCAGAUGUUUGGCUUUCAUAGGUUUACUGACAAUAAGAGGGGGUUUCUGAGCAGUUUACAGGACAGAAGUGUUCACCAUCCAAUUGCUGACAAAAGCCAGUUUUUACAGAAAACUGCAAAUGUCAAAAGUUUUUGAAUCCAAAUCACAACACUGAUUUUUCUGUGUUGUUUGUUACAGAUUUGGUGUCUUAAUGUGGGAUUCUGGGGGGAUUUUUGACCAUUUUUGUCAAUUCAUCGAGAGAUAAAACAUGCUUACAUUUAGCACCCAAACUGUGGAACAAAUUGCUGCAUCAACUUAUGAGACAUAAACGAGAGAAUGUUCGUCAUAUAUUUCCAUCACAAUGAUCUGAGCCCUUCUACACUCUACACCUUUAAAAUCUGAACAGGCGUCAAACAGAAACACAACGUUUAUUACAGAUUUAUGACAGCUCACAGUGCUGAGCUACCACUUCUGUGAUAACUCCCCCUAAAGAUCCCCGUCCCCCCUGAAAAAGACAAAGCUGGGUCUGUGUUGGUCUCAGAGGGUUCAACAUACAUGUAACUAUAUUUUUUAUACCGCCAAAACUCAUAUUAAACAUGUCACUUUUUAUAUUUGUUAACUUCAGUGAAGUCUGUAUCUUAACUGUGUAAAUAAUCGUGUACUCGUCAUGAUAUCACUGAGUUAUAUUUUUGUACCAUUACUGUGAUGAUUCUACGUUAUUGGAACUUAAUCAAGAUGUUUUGAAGAUGUUAGUUUGAUGGUGAAAGUCUUAAAAACAGUGUCAUCAUGUAGUUUGUGGACUCUGGAUGCCACAGAGAGACGGAGAGCCUGAAGGAGAACAGACCGACGAGCCGACUGAAGUGCUGUGCUGCCAUCUAGCUUCACCGUCUGAUACAACUCAGCACUGACUGUGGGUCUGCUUCAUGUUUCAUCUUUAAAAACUUUUAGUUUGAAAUGUAUCUGCUUCUUUAUUUGAAUGUAAUAAAUCCUAAUUUAGUCCUGAUUCAGCUGCAGUGAGCUGACGUGGUGUUAGGUAACGUGAUUGAUGCCUUGUUGUGGUGAAACUGUAAUAGUUUUCAUCUGGCUGCGACAUCCUCGUCUCUGAAAUAAAUGAACUAAUGCAACAAUGAAAAGAA